CCGCCAUCUUGUUUCCUGUUGCGUUGCGACACACACUCCCCCUGUUUUCCGCCUUGUGUGUGUUGUGUUUCCGUCGGCCGCUGCUCAUUUCCGUUCGCAGGAGGCCGGAGAGUUUGAAAAGGAGGAGAAGAAGUGCGGCCUGCUUUUCUGAUAUUACUCCAGCCAUGACAAAGAGGGAUUCUGAGGACUUAAUAGAGAUAGAAAUUGAUGGCUCAGAGAAGACAGAAUGCACAGAAGAAAGUAUCAUCGAGCAGACCUAUACAACUGCCGAGUUUGUGAGCCAGUCUAUUGACAUAAAUGAACCUAUUGGAAAUCUCAAAAAGUUGCUGGAGCCCAGACUUCAGUGUUCACUUGACGCCCAUGAAAUCUGCCUUCAAGACAUCCAGCUUGAUCCUGAACGCAGCUUAUUUGACCAAGGAGUAAAAACUGAUGGAUCAGUACAGUUAAGCGUGCAAGUAAUAUCCCAGCAAGGACUAGAGCCAAAGUUAAAUAUAAUUGAAAUCGUAAAGCCAGUGGAGACUGUUGAGGUGGUGAUUGAUCCAGAUGCCCAUCAUGGUGCUGUUGAAGCCCAGCUGGUGGAGGAAUCCCAUGUGAUAACCUUGGAUGGCACAAAACACAUAACAACCAUUUCAGAUGAAACAUCAGAACAAGUGACCCGGUGGGCAGCAGCAUUAGAAGGCUACAGAAAGGAACAAGAACGUUUAGGGAUACCAUACGAUCCACUACAGUGGUCUACAGACCAAGUCCUUCACUGGGUCCUAUGGGUAAUGAAAGAGUUUUGCAUGACUGACAUAAAUUUGAAUGCUAUUGGCAUCCCCGGAAGAGACUUGUGUAAUCUUAGCCAAGAAGAUUUCUUCCAAAGAGUUCCCAGGGGGGAGAUUUUAUGGAGUCAUUUGGAGCUACUUAGAAAGUAUGUUUUGGCUUCCCAAGAACAUGGAGGUGAAAUCGCUACAGUUACCAUCGAUCAACCUGUACAAAUUAUACCAGCAUCAAUCCAGCAAGCUACUCCCACAACUAUUAAAGUCAUAAAUAGUCAGCCUAAGGUUUCAAAAAUUCAGCGGGCGCCACGGAUUUCUGGAGAAGACAGAAGCUCACCUGGAAACCGGACAGGAAAUAAUGGGCAGAUCCAGCUCUGGCAGUUCCUUCUUGAGCUUCUCACUGAUAAAGAUGCAAGGGAUUGUAUUUCCUGGGUUGGAGAUGAAGGUGAAUUCAAAUUAAAUCAACCAGAGCUCGUGGCACAGAAAUGGGGACAGCGUAAAAAUAAACCCACCAUGAACUAUGAGAAGCUCAGCCGUGCUUUGCGCUACUACUAUGAUGGGGACAUGAUCUGUAAAGUUCAAGGCAAGAGAUUUGUUUAUAAGUUUGUUUGCGACUUGAAGACUCUUAUUGGCUAUAGUGCAGCAGAACUGAGUAGGUUGGUUUCGGAAUGUGAACAGAAGAAAAUGGCAAAGAUGCAGAUACAUGGUCUUGGACAGCCAAUCACAGCCGUAGCGUUGGCUACUGCAUCACUCAAGGCAGAAAAUGACAACUAGGCCACCCGCAAGACAAACUUGCCACUCAUGUGAAAAUUGCAAAUUCCUCUUUUCUACAUUCUGAAGUAUUUAAUUUUCAGGCUGUGCAAUAUAAAGCAUGGUCUUCAACUAUGGACUUGAUACUUGCUAUCCAUGGUAUCACCAAACUCUAAAUGGGACCCCUUAUUAUAGGGGGCAUGGUAUAUUUUAUAUAUUUUGCAUAUGAACUUAUCAAUAAUUACAACCCUUCAAAGAAGGUAAUGCUUUUUUUUUUUUUUUUUUUUUUUCUUUCUUAUUUUGAGGAAACCCUGUAUCAUCUAUAAGUUAAAAACAAUGUCAUGUUCUGAACUACAGUUUGUUUUG